GGACCAUCAGGGCCGUACUUCCGUCGGCGGGACCCUUUUGAAGGGUGGACUUGCCCGGCGGGAGAGUGCCGGGCGGAUGGUAUUAAGGGCCGGACGCUUCCGGCCGGAGAAAGCCUAGCCGCCCCGAGCGGAGUGAAGGGCCCGGUCGGAGGGGCUCGGAUCAUGGCGGAGAAUCACUGCGAGUUGUUCCCGGCUCCUGGCGCCGCCGCUCUUGGGGUGGGGCCGGGGGGCGGCUUAUGUCGGCGCUGUGGCUCUGGGCUUGCGCCCCUCGGGGAACGGGCUGCCGGCGGCGGCUCCAAGUGGGUCCGGCUCAACGUGGGCGGCACCUACUUCCUCACCACCCGGCAGACGCUGUGCCGGGACCCGAAAUCCUUCCUGUACCGCCUGUGCCAGGCAGAUCCGGACUUGGACUCGGACAAGGAUGAAACAGGUGCCUAUUUAAUAGACAGAGAUCCCACCUAUUUUGGGCCAGUCCUGAACUAUUUGAGACAUGGAAAACUGGUCAUUAAUAAGGACCUUGCAGAGGAGGGGGUUCUGGAGGAAGCUGAAUUUUAUAACAUCACUUCACUAAUAAAACUUGUAAAGGACAAAAUUAGAGAACGAGACAGCAAAACAUCACAGGUGCCAGUCAAGCAUGUCUACAGAGUGCUUCAGUGUCAAGAGGAAGAGCUCACCCAGAUGGUUUCCACCAUGUCUGAUGGCUGGAAGUUUGAGCAGCUUGUCAGUAUAGGUCCUGCCUUUGGCUAUGGCCGGCACCACCAGUCAGAGUUUCUGCUGAUAGUGUCUCGGGAAGUGAGAGGGGAGGAGACACGUUUCCAGAAAUGCUGCAGUGAGCUGGUCAGUAUUGGUUCAUCUUAUAACUAUGGAAAUGAAGACCAAGCUGAAUUUCUUUGUGUUGUCUCCAAGGAGUUGCAUAAUACCUCUUAUGGCACAACCAGUGAACCCAGCGAAAAGGCAAAGAUUUUGCAAGAGAGGGGCUCCAGGAUGUGAAGAAGACCACAGUAUUGAGAGCUGAAGAAUUUUCACUUUUUUUUCCUCCCAAAAUACAAGGAAUUGCCAUGUUGAAGAAGCUUGGCUGUGAGAAGAAACCUGCUUUAGACAAUUUUCUCUUGAGAUCUGGGUUUGAAUUUGAAUCUCUUUUGGGGGCCACUGAGGUAGUGUGAGACAGAAUUGACUGACUGAGAGAGUGUGAAAUCACUCCUUGGCAGAAUGCACAGAGAACAUGUGUGUUCAGCCUGCUGCUGGCACAUGGCAGGACUGGCCCUGGGUGGAACAAGCAGGCACCCUGAAUUCUUCCCAGGUCUGUUUGUGCAGGACUAAGGCAGAAAGAUCCUAUAGUGAUUGGUGUGAAGUGAUUUUUUUUAACCUUUCUUUUUUUUUUUCCCCUUUGGUAUUAAUCAUUGAGGAUAGUUUAAAGGACAAUGUACUUGGUGCUACAUAUUACAACCCUUAAAUGCAGAUGUUUGGGGCCUUUACUGUUAGAAAAUGCUUGGCAGCCCCAAUUUACUGUCUUACACUGUUUGGUCACCCCAUCCAAGCUUUCGGAGAUCAAAUGAUAUCAGAAUGUAAUAUGUUCAACACCUGGCAGCAGGAACAUACAAGUGAGAGGCUGGCUGGGUUCAGCCAUCCAGUCUUUAUUGCAUGCAUUUAGUUGGGAACUUACUUUUCCCUACAAAGUGAAGCUCCUAAUAAGAGAAGAUUCUUUUUGCCGCUACUUCCUGAAGACCUCUUACCUUAGUAACUAAUUCUUCUAACAAAAAGUAAGCUUCCAUUGUUGGAUUAGGAAAAAACCCAAUUUCUUAAUAUGUACUUUCCAGUUAAGAAAACUUUGUAUUCUCUUUCCUUCUCUCCCCCCCCCCCCCCCCCCCGCGCCUUUUUAAAGUAUAGCUCAUUUAACAGAUGUUCCUGUUUUUACUUUGUAGAAAUGCCUAAAAGUGUUGAGAAUUUUUUGGGUUUGGUUAAAUGAUCUAAUGAGAGGUCCAAGCUUUGCCUGAAAUUAUAUAGACUGGUUGGUGGGCAUUGCUGACCUCUAUCAAUGCGUCUGCUGUCCUAGCGAUCUCCAUUGGGAUGGGGGAGGUAUUUUGCACAGAUUUUUCGCCUGAUUUCUUGAGUUUAAAAUCUGGAUUGAAUUGAAAAUUCAGGAUGUUUACAGUGCAUCAUAUGUCUCUCUCUUCCUCUUUCAUUUUCUUUAUAAAACUAUGCAGUUCUCUCUAGAAUAAUAGGGAUGUUUGAGACUCACACAAAACCAGGACAGGAUAUGCUAGCCUUACAUGAGACUGGAGCUAUUAGUGUUCUAUCUGUUAGCAUGCCUUUUAAACAGAUUGAACUCAAAUAGUAAUGCAAACCUAGUUUUCUAAAGCUCUAUUUGCUAAGGUAGAGGUGAGAGUAUCUAGAGUGAGCCAAUGCUUUGCUCCUGAUUGACAACUGUUUCAAAGGGGAGGUAGAAGAAAACUGACCCUCAGGAUUGCUGACAUUAACACUUUGAGGAUGUUUAGAAUUUUAAGGCUUUUAAAAUUGUUGCAUUUCAAAAUAUUUCCUGAAAGGUUGCCUCCACCCCCUUCCUCUUGCCAGUGACAUGUUCAACGAAGUUCUUGAGCAUCGAGGACUUACCUCCCUUUUUAUAAAGUUUGUUGUAUGUUAUUGUUUAAAAAAAAAAAGGUUUGGCUUAAACUAUUUGUAAAAAAACAAAAACAAAAAUAUUUCUUACAAAGCAGAUUUAGUAACAGGCUAAAUGAUUUUUUUUUCCCACUCAGCUGAGGCAUGAAAGGAUUUGUAGUAUGUUUUUCCACUUGGACAUGCUCUCUGUAGGAAGCUGCUAGCUGUUUAGCAUCCAUUUGAUUAGUGAUAUUGAGAAGAAAGAUUUGUGGUGUGUUUGGUUUUUUUUUUUUAAAGAUAUUGAGACUUAAUUAACUAAAAUUUAUUCUAAAGGGGAUAUUUAUACUUUUAUACUUUUUUAGGUAUCCAUAUUUUAUCAGCUUAAAGUUUAAUGCCUAAGUUUCCCCCUGAAAAUAGCAAAUAAUAGUGUGUAUUUACAGAUAAGCAUAACAGCUGUUAGUGUCUUAAACUGCAUCUAAAAGUCUCUGCUGCCAAAGUCCCUGGGUAAGCAUCUGGGGCUAGAGAUUGAUUACGUUGAGCUCCAGAUGUUGUCUAGGGUAUCCUGUGCCCCCGUCACAGCAUUGGUUUUGCUCUUGUGAGCCAUGCAGAGUAAGCUCAGCGUUCUAUUUCUUGGCUUGGUUUUAUUUGCCUUAGGGAGCAAGGGUCAUGGUUCCCAGGAGUAAGGAUCGAGUUGUGCCUGCCUCUUGUCAUCCACAUUCCAAUCACUGCACAGCAACUGUAGUGUGAUUUUUCAGGAUUGGUUAUUGCCAGUCAACCUGAAAGAGAAAGAGAGAGCACUAGGAAGAAAGCAUGAAGAUUUCUUGGAAGUAGAAUUGGCAGAGUAGUCCAGAACUGAAGCAUUUCCUUUACAGAGGGACUUUAUACUGGAAUACUUUGCCAUUGUUCAUUUGCUUCUCCCGAUGGGCAUGGCCUGCCUUUUUGCCUCCAUUCCCCCAUUUGGGUGGGGAAAGGAGCAGCAUUUUAAAAUGAAAUUUUACUGAUACCUCAUAAAGUUAUUAUUGUUAUGUCUGUCUCUUUCUUUGGCUAAAAAUAAAAAGGAUUAUAAUGAUGAUUUCCCAAGUUUCAUGGGAAAUUUCUAGACAACUCAUUUGAAGGGAGGGGGGAACUUCUAAUUUCCCUUAGCAAAGCAUUCUCAUGGUCUGUGAUGUCAGACCUUAGGCUAGGCUUAGUUCUCCCCUAGAAUUCCCAGGGACCUCCUGUAAUUGCUGUUUGAUUCCUUGUAUUUUCGAAGUCUUGUAUCUGAGACCAGGUACAGAUGGCUGCCUCCAGAGGAGGCCUGCCGCGUGUAGCUGGCUCAUCAUUCUAAAGACUGUUAGGAUUUCCACACCUGCCACUGUCUCCAAGUCAGAAGAGUAUUAUGCUAUGGGAAUGCUGGCGUCUGGUCUGCAUUGGUUAAGCCUCCCUGUCUAGUUGUGGGUAAGAGCAGUUUACCAUAGAUUCCUUUCCCCCAGAUCUCCUCUGAAAUUAUAUAAAUUCUCAUUCAGUGCAUUCUGUAGAGACUAACAGAAAAGCUACUUCAGGAAAUUCUCUAGCAUCUGUCGAAAGAGUUUUCCUAAAAUUCCAUGAAAAACCAGUUAGCUUCUAGCUUUCCUCCCAGUAUCAGAGUACAGAUGCGACCUCUAAGAGUCUAGGGUAUUUCUCCUAGAGUUGCUGGUCAAAUCUUGUUGCUCCUUUAAUUUUCUUAAUUGAUUCUUAUUAUUGUCCAGUACAGUAGUGGAAGGGUCAGAGCUUGAACUAUAGAACUGCUGCAACUGCAACUUGAGAAGAAUGGGAGUUUAAGAUGUGCUCCUGAUUGCUCUAUAGUGAAUUCUUUAUUUUCUGGCCCUAAUUACACAGAAGCUGAAGUCAGAACAGGUGAGAGGGAGGAGGGGAACAAAAAGCUGAGCAUUUCUAGAGAGGGAGAUGUCAGCCUCUAUCAGUUCUGGGACUUAACUCGGGAAUGCACUGGCCGUUAUUUCAGUCUGUUCCCCAUUUUCCAGAAACCCCUUGGAAAAGCAAAAGGGUUAAUCCUUUGAUCAUGUUUUGAAAUAGGGACUCACUCCUGGGUCCGAAGAACAUUCAGAAAAACAGUUAUCAUCACUGUCCCCACGUUAGGGUUUACUUGCUGGCUAAUACCAGUCUCCAGUGACUGACUUCCUCAACGGCAGUGGCCUGUUGGGUCUGACUGCCCUGGCAACGUCUUUGGCCUUUUCUCCUGACUGGGACUACAAAGGGCUAAUUCUGCACCAUUGGGGGGUUCUUUUAGUUGUUGUUUCAUUUUUGUUGUUAUCUGUCCUAAGGAACUCGCACUUUUACUGCAGUGGAAAAUGCUAAGGGCUAACACCUUCCAGGUCUGUCUUUGGGGACUGUGUGUCUGUCUGUCUACAAUUAGAAAUGGUGCUCAAACUUAUUUUGAAAGAGUAGCUGCUGCCUUUAAAAACAAACAAACAAACAAACAAAACCCAAUAACUUUGGAUCAGAUGCACAUGCCCUUGGGGAAGGCUAGGUCUCCAUAGGGUCUGAUUUAUUGAUGCCACUGUCCUUGGGUCAUGUGGGGGAAUCUCUUUGCCUUCUUCCCUCUCUGUCCCUCUCUUUUCCUCUUUCCUUACCCUCCAUUUCUGAGUAUCUGUGUUACUUCAACCUGUUCGAAUUUCAGGUGAUAGGCGAGAAGAUUGGGGUGAUGCCUUCCCCCUUCCCUCCAAUCCCUUCUGAUUGACUGAACCAAUCCUGGAACCUCCAGCUUGGCUUUGAGCUCUGAGCUGCUCCUUUGGACUUAGUACUUUGGCCCUGUUGCUACUAGAGGUGCCACCGCGGGGUGAUUGGUCUGAAACAAUAACCAAUUUCAAGGUACCUUCCCUUGAAGGCCUGAAUUGUAAUGAUGAUAGGGGCCGGGCACUUUCUUUUUCUUUACUUGGUACUCUGUCUCUGUUUUGGAGAUCUGACCAAGAUGCUUAUGCACAAGUUCGGCCCUGACUAGUAGAGCAGUGGUUCCCUAAGGAUAUGGACCAUUUCCUUGGUUCGGCCCAUGGGGACACUGGAAAAGGGAUGUAAAUGUUUCUGACUACUCUUUUAUUUCCUUUCCCAAAGGCUACUGAGCUGCUGCUCCUAGACAAGACUGCUCAGUUAAGACUUGUCUUCAUUUGGGCUGGACUUGAGUUCCAGGGGCCUGGAUUUGAAGGCUCUUCCCAUGGGCCUCCCAGUCUUCUUCAAGUGCUCCCAUUUUCUCAUUAGUUUGCCAGGGAGAAAAAUAUCCAUUUGGCUGUGUUUUCAGUGCCCACUACCUUCCUGAGGUUAUGUCUGUGAUGCUUUAUUUCUCUAGCAAAUUAGCAAUAAGUCUUCAUUUCACUCUCUUUAAAGUGUUCUUAUUGCAGCAGAGCUUGGAGCCAAGAGUGGGCUCUAGCUCCUGGACUUUCAAGUUGCAUCAAGGUUAAACUUAGCAGCAGCAAAGUGCACAUGGAAAGUUGUAUCCAAGCAGCCCACCCAGAGGUGUCUGGGAGGGAACCUUACCUGGGGCUUCCUCCUUCAUCCAAAGAGGGAAGGUGGCUGCCCAUUGUUUCCAGAACAAAUAUAUGACAAAAUGUGUGGGUGUUUUUUAACCUCCUUUUCAUAACACUAAGCUUAUUGUGAAUUGUAAAUUGCAUGAAAUAAACCUGUUUUCCCUUUUAAAA